AUGGAAUUAUCUGUAAACAUUUUCGGACAAGGUUCGAGUCAGCCAGAUGAAAAGUUCCAAAAGUGGAAGGCAGAGAGUUUCCCUCCAGACCUACGUGUACCAUGUGAUACAGAGCCGAAGGAGAUGAUGGAUGGGAAGCUCUACAAGUAUGCAAAAGAAGACAGAUUUGAUGAGUUAUUUUGUGAACUGAAUUGUCUUUCAUCGGAGAAACCAUCAUCCAUCAUCUACAGACAUGUUGGCCCUUCUGGAAAUUCAUUGCUUCAUGUUGCAGCAAGCCAUGGAAGCAAAUAUAUGACAGAGCUCCUGCUUCAUCACUUUCCGUCUCUAAUCACUACGAAAAACUUCCAGGACGAUACUGCACUUCAUUUAGCUGCCAGAGCUGGACAGCUGCAAACAGCUUCAAUUCUCAUCAACGAGGCAAAAAACCAUGUACAAGCAAGUAACUUUGGUACCUUUAUGGAGAAGAAGAAUGAUAGAGGAAACACCGCUCUACAUGAUGCAGUCAUUAAUCGUCACCACGAUGUGGCCCAUUUUCUGGUUUCCGAACACUUUGAACUUUCCUAUAUGGAAAAAAAUGAACAUAAGUCUCCCUUGUACCUUGAGAGUCGAGAAUAUCAGUGA